UCAGCAAGGUAGGGGCUACCCGCGAGGGCGUGCCUCGGACAUGCCUGGAAGGGGCCUGGCGCCCCCAUCCACGCGUGCUCGAGGCCAGUUCGAUAGUGGUCGUGGUCCCGGGCCCAUGCGCGGGCGUGGGCGCGGUGCUCCUCAGGUCUUCGCUGCUGAUGUCCCAGCCGUCGAGGAUGAGCGGCUUGCUUCUCACGACACGCUCCUCGAGGGCUUCGCUGCCGUCGAGAGUGGGCCGGAGUUCCCGCUCCCGCCUGCGUCUGGGACCAAAGGCAUCAACAUCACGCUUCGGACCAACCUGCUACCUACGAACUUCGACGCAAAGACAUACUUCGACUACGAACUCAAGUUUCAACCCACAAAGGCCGUCACCGCCGAUCGCAAGGCAAAGGUACUCGCGCUCGUUGAGGCACACGCUGAUUUCGCCAACUAUAACGGCCGCGUUGCCCACGAUGGUAGUCAGCGCUUGCUCUCCGUUGCAAGACUACCAGAUCCGUUCACAAUCAAUGUCGAGCUCGGAGGGGAAGGCAAUCGGGAACCCCAGAUUAUCUCCGUUGAGUUUGUACUUAAACACGAGCUAGACAUGGGCAUGUUGCGUAGAUAUGCGGAUGGCGACCUAGAGUGCAGGGACAUCGACAUACAAUUAUAUGUUUCCGCUCUCCAGCUCGUCACUCAACAGCACGCCCGUAAAAAUGGAACUCGAAUCGGCAGAGACACCCAGACCCGUUUCUUCUUCCGGUCCUUGACCGAACAAUCGCCUAUCAUGUUGGGCGGAGGGCUCGAGGCCUGGAGAGGCUUCUUCAUGUCCAUCCGCCCGACAUACGAGCAGAUGAUGACCAACAUCAAUCCCGGCAUAGCGCCGUUUUACAUCCCCAGAAACUUGGCCGAGGCGAUGUUCGCCUCCAUGCAGCAGAACAGAGGACUUGUUGCCCCCGACUUCGGGCGCAAGCUGAAGGUGAUCACCACGUAUCAGGGAUACGAGAAGACGUGGACCAUUCAGAAGGUCUUGGACACUACGGCUCAGAUGACGACAUUCUACCAUAGAGGAAUGGGCAAGACAGUUUCUGUCGCGGAGCAUUUCGCGAGUGCUUUUCCGAAUAUUCCGCUUCAGCACACCAACGAUCUCCCAUUGGUCUGUGUCCAGGAGAAGCCGUCGGCGAUACAUAUACCCGCGGAACUGUGCGCGAUCCCUCCAGGUCAACCGUAUUUCGGGCAGCUGAACGGCGACGCGACGACGGUCAUACUGAACCACGCUACCAACUUCCCGCAUGUCAACGCGGAAAUGAUAAUGAACGAGGGGUUCCAGUACCUUGGCCUCGGGGAAGACACUAACACCCCGGCCAUGGACGCGUUCGGCGUACAUGUCGAGCGCAAGAUGUCGGUCGUCCCCGGCCGCAUCCUGCCCCCGCCUACGCCACAGUACAAGUCCGGGAGCGCCCCUAGUUUCCAACCCGGGACGUGGAACUUUGCGCGAAUGCAGUUCCAAGUCGGAGGUAGAGUGCCGAACUGGGCCGUCCUCCUGUUGUUACAAGGGAAGGGCACGUUCACGGGAGCGAGUGACGCCAGCUUGAGGCCCUUCCUCGACGCGUUCGUGAGUCUGUGCAAGAAGAGCGGGAUCGGCUUCACUGCGACGAGCCCACCCAUCCUCGAAGCGCGUUUGCCGUUCAGCGAUGAUCGCCACAGAACAGAAGCGAUCAAGACCAUACGGACGACACUCGAGACUCACGUCAAGACCGCGAGGCCGCCCCCGAAGUUCAUCCUCGUACUCCUCGCAGACGAGGACAGCAGGGUCUACUGCGGGCUGAAGCGCAUAUGCGACAUGGAGCUCGGCGUGCACACUGUCGGCAUGCAGCCCUCGAAGGCGAUGAACCCCAAGGGCCAGGGUGCAUACUUCGGCAACGUCGCGCUCAAGCUGAAUAUGAAGCUCGGCGGCGUGAACCACGUCUUGGACGCUGUGUCCACGAGGUGGCUGAAGGAUACGAUGCUGAAGGACACGAUGCUGAUCGGCCUCGAUGUGACCCAUGCGAGCAUGAGCAGCAAGGCGGGGUCGCCGUCGUUGGCGGCUAUCGUUGCGAGCAUAGACAACAAUUUCAGUAACUACCCGGCGGAGCUGCGCAUGCAGAGGCCUGCGGAGAACAAAGAGUCGAAGGAGGUCGUCGCGGAUCUGACGGACAUGGUGACUGGAAGACUGCAGCUCUACAAGCAAAAGAACAAAGGGAAACUCCCGGCGAAGAUCAUCGUGUACCGAGACGGUCUGGGCGACAGCCAAUAUCGCCAAACGAUCUUGGAUAGGGAACUCCCCUCCAUCAAGGCCGCUUUCGGUGCUGUGACAACGCCAGGCUCGCCGGCCUAUGCGCCGACACUGACGAUCGUUGUGUGCGUCAAGCGCCACAACACGCGUUUCUAUCCUACGGAGACAGAGCACAUGUCGCCCAACGGGAACACGCUUCCCGGGACCAUCGUUGACAAGGGUGUCGGAAACCCGUUCUUGUUCGAGUUCUAUCUUCAGGCACACGUUGGCUUGCAGGGCACAGUAAAGCCCACCCGCUACGUCGUCAUCUACGACGAGAUCGGCUUCACUUCGAAUGAUCUCCAGCAGGGCACGCACAUGCUGUGCUACCUCUUCCCUCGCGCCACGAAGGCGGUCAGCCUCGUCCCUCCUGCGUACCUCGCUGACCUGGCGUGCGAAAGGGCAAGGGCCUGGCUGGACACGAUCAUGAACACGGGAGAUCAGCUGGCCGACGUCAGCAGCGGCCAGGGAAAGGGCAAGAGGAUGCGCGCGACUGAGGAGGAGAAAGCGCAGGUCCUGGACGAGGCGAUGAAGAUGUGGGGCGGCGGUGUGCACCCCAACCUCGGAGAUAGUAUGUUCUAUAUCUGAGAUCUGCCAGUGAGGCCUGAGGCCUGAGGGCGCAGCUGUGACGCUGGAGGAAGCUGCAGUGAAAGAGAGCGAGUGAAGGUACGGUCGGCUUGCUACGUGAGUCCCAAUGUCAAUGUCGUGGUACUUCUUGUUGAUGCCACUGCCAGUCAAAAGGAAAGAGCGGAUUGCGCGUAUUCUUGUGUAUGGUUACUAUCUUUUCGUCCACGCUCCCUGUGUGCUGUGUACUACGUACUCAUGUACAAUGUGUUACGGUAGACUGUAGUAGUAUCUACAUACAGAUUGUAAAUACAGAUUGGUAUAGGUCUAGACUGCAUAUAAGGCCCCAGCUUGAAGCUGGCGCUUAUUGACAUGCAGUAUAUAUGGAGUCGGCCG